AUGCCAGUAGUUCCACCAAGGAUGCCAGUAGUUCCACCAAACGUUCCGAUAUGUGGUCCGAAUGCCCAGCAACUUGCUGCCCGGCAUGUCGUGCCAAAGGAACUUCCUCACUUCGAUGGUAAUCCAUUGGAUUGGCCUUUGUUCUUCAGUAGCUACACAAACUCAACCCAAAUGUGUGGCUACACUGAUGCAGAGAAUCUGAUGCGAUUACAGCGUUGCUUGAAGGGCAAUGCUCUUAGUGCGGUGAGCUAUCAACUUCUGCAUCCAUCUUCCGUCCCGCAAGUAAUGAAAACUUUGCGAACAUUGUACGGUCGGCCGGAGUUGGUCGUGAACAGUCUUCUCACUAAAGUUCGAUCCACUCCCGCACCAAGGGCUGACAAAUUGGAGAGUAUUAUCAGCUUCGGUCUCGUAGUGCAGAAUCUUUGUGGUCAUCUGCGCUCGUUGGGUAUGGAGAACCAUCUGUCAAACCCGACUCUGUUGCAAGAGCUGGUGAAUAAGCUUCCGGCGGGAGUCAAACUUGAUUGGGCUCUUCACCAACAUCGAAUUCCUGUUGUAGAUCUGCGUGCUUUCGGGGAGUUCAUGUCGACAAUUGUCUCUGCUGCCAGCAACGUCACGUUUCAAAGUGACUUCGAAACGAUACGCUCAUCAGCAGCUUCGAAGUCGGAGAAACCGAAAGGGAAAGAAAAGGGUUUCCUGAACACUCAUGCGGAUGAUGGUGAUAGAGUAAAGGUGCAAGUUCAGCCGAAACCAUGUCCAGUGUGUCAGAAGAAUGGCCAUAAGCUGAAAGAGUGCUACAAGUUUCAGAAGAGCAACAUCGAUGAGCGUUGGAAAUUGGUCCAGCAGCUACAUCUGUGUCGACGCUGUUUGGCAUCCCAUGGAAAAUGGCCCUGCAAGGCACCGUUAUGUGGACAGAAUGGCUGCGAAUUAAAGCACCAUAGUCUGUUGCAUUCAGAAAAGGCGGAGACUCCAGUAACCAAAGACAUCUCUUCUCAAUCAACUGCGAAGGUGAAUGUGCACCGUCAAGGCUCGCGGUCUACUCUUUUCCGGAUUGUGCCAGUGCGGUUGUACGGUAAGGACUCAUCAAUCGACAUAUUAGCUUUUUUGGAUGACGGGUCGUCGUUUACGUUGAUGGAGCAAGAAGUUGCGGAUCAGCUCGGAAUCGACGGUGUGAUUGAACCCCUUUGCCUUCAGUGGACAAACAAUGUUACACGCACGGAAUCGGAAUCCAAGGUAGUACAGUUGGGAAUCUCCAGUAUUGGCGGUGACAAGCGAUAUAUGUUAGAGCGAGUAAGAACGGUUGAAAGUCUCGGGCUACCUCCACAAUCUCUUCGCUUCGAACAAAUGGAACAACAAUUUCCAUAUCUUCGGGGGCUACCAGUGAACAGCUACAGCGGAGCAGUUCCACAUAUCCUGAUUGGCUUAGACAAUACCGACUUGAUGGUGACACUGAAGAAGCGGAUCGGCAAACCUCUGGAGCCAGUUGCGACGAAAACGAAGCUAGGAUGGACAGUCUAUGGGAACGUGGAAGGCCUUGAUGAUCCACCAGAACAUCGCCUUCUGCACGUUUGCUCGGGAUCAACCGAUCGUGAACUACAUGAUCUCGUCGAGGAGUUCUUCACCGUUGAAAGUACUGGUGUGAAGGUCGCACCGAUAGUCGAAACAGAUGAUGAUCGUUGGGCACGGGAAAUCAUGGAGAAAACCACGAUUCGUACACCAUCUGGGAGAUUUGAAACGGGUUUGUUAUGGCGUUAUGACUGUAUCGAGUUUCCCGAAAGCCGCCCGAUGGCAGAGCGGCGGCUUAAGUGUCUCGAGCGUAAACUGACUGCAGAUGCGGAACUUUACAACAAAGUGAAGUUACACAUCGCUGACCUGGAGGCCAAAGGAUACAUCCAUAAAGCGACACCGGAGGAACUGGCGAACUUUGAUCCGCGGAGUACCUGGUUCCUUCCGUUGGGAUUGGUUAUCAACCCAAACAAACCAGGAAAGAUCCGUAUGGUGUGGGAUGCGGCAGCGAAGGUGGAAGGCGUGUCAUUAAACUCCAUGCUUCUGAAAGGAAGAUCCCUCAAGUCAGUUCUACACCGUUUCCGACAGCGGCAGGUAGCUGUGCAUGAUGAUUCAUCACUACCAGUCGAAGUCUACGUGAUCGAUGUUGCCACUUUCGGUUCAACGUGCUCACCAUGCUUGGCGCAGUACGUAAAGAACCGGAAUGCUGAGGAGAACAGAACAGAAUUUCCAGAAGCCGUCGAAGCAAUAGUCAACAACCACUACGUCGAUGACUACCUCGACAGUAGGGACACCGAAGAAGAGGCAAUCCGAAUAGCGUCAGAGGUUAAGCAAGUUCAUGCAAAGGCUGGGUUCGAGCUCCGUAACUGGUUGUCGAAUUCGGAAGAAGUUGUUCGACGGGUCGGGGAAAGCUCUGCAAGCGAAUGCAAAAGCUUCGCGACGGACAAGUCUACAGGGAUCGAAAGAGUCCUCGGCAUGCGAUGGCAGCCCAUCAACGACGAAUUCACAUUCAGACUUUGCUUGCGGGAAGACGUCGCGCAGUUGUUGAAUGGCGAUAUGAUUCCGACCAAGCGAGAAGUUCUUCGAGUCGUCAUGAGCGUCUUUGAUCCACUGGGACUAGUAGGAGCAUACGUUGUUCACGGGAAGUGUUUGGUGCAAGACAUAUGGAGAAGCAAGAUAGGAUGGGAUCAGCGAAUUCCAGAGGAAAUCUGCAGUCGAUGGCGUCAGUGGGUGCAAGCACUUAAAGGACUGGAUCGAGAAACAGUGCCGCGAUGCUACUUCCCAGGAUACAGCAGUGCCGGCUUAGACAACAUAGAAUUACAUGUCUUCGUGGAUGCAAGUCUGGUGGCAUUUUCUUACGUGGCAUACCUUCGCAUCAUCGAUGAAGGACAAGUACGCUGCGCAUUGGUGGCAACAAAGUCCUAG